CCCACCUACUUGCAAGCGGUGUGCCUGCCGCCGGUCCGCUGCGGCGCUGCCCUGCACGGUGCUGCGCCCGCCGCUUGCUCCAGCAGCUACUCCAGCUCCAGUCCAGGUCUCCAGCUAGCCGGGGUAGCCGCCCGCUCACCACUCGUGGGAGACUGGCAGUCACCUAAUAUGCGAUUGGGCGGAUGGAUGCUCCGGCCACUGAACCGUCGCCGCCUCCUUCGUGCCUUCUCCUGCCCCGUGGCCUCAUGCCGCCGUGGGUUCGCAGCCAAUGCAGCGGCAACGCUGCAGUGGCUGGAGGAGGAGCUCACCUCGCUCGCGCUGCCCCCGACCCCUGGCCCCGUGGUGGACCCCUUCGCGUGCGCCAGGCAGCUGCAGGGCUGCAUCGAGCGCGGUGAUGCCCGCGGCGGCCGCGCGGUGCACGGCUACAUAGUGCGGCGCGGAGGGGUGGAGCGCCUGGACCUCUUCUGCACCAACGUCCUGCUCAACAUGUACGGGAAGGUUGGCCCCUUUGUCAGCGCACACAGGCUGUUCGACCGAAUGCCUGAGCGCAACAUGGUGUCCUUCGUCACACUUGUCCAGUCCCACUCUCAGCGCGGUGAGUUUGAGGCUGCUGUGGCUCUGUUCAGGAGGAUGCGGUGGGAGGGACAUGAGGUGAACCAAUUCGUGCUCACCAUCAUGUUGAAGCUGGCUACUGCCAUGGAUGCACCAGGGCUUGCUGGGGGUGUGCAUGCUUGUGCAUGCAAGCUGGGCCAUGAUCACAACGCCUUUGUUGGUUCAGGGCUGAUUGAUGCCUACUCCUUGUGUGGGCUUGUCAGUGAUGCGGAACAUGUGUUUAAUGGGAUCGUGCACAAGGAUGUUGUUGUUUGGACUGUGAUGCUUUCUUGCUAUUCUGAAAAUGACUAUCCAGAGAAUGCCUUUUGGGUCUUUUCCAAGAUGAGGAUGUUGGGUUGUAAGCCUAACCCUUUUGCACUUACCAGCAUGCUCAAAGCGGCAGUUUGCUUGCCAUCAGUUGUGCUAGGCAAGACCAUCCAUGGUUGCGCUGUAAAAACCCUUCACGACACCAACCCUCAUGUUGGUGGUUCUUUGCUUGAUAUGUAUGCCAAAUGUGGGGAUGUUAAGGAUGCACGCUUGGCUUUUGAGAUGAUUCCCUAUGAUGAUGUGGUACUUCUGAGUUUCAUGAUAUCCCGAUAUGCACAGAGCAAUCAGAAUGGACAAGCUUUUGAAAUAUUCUUCCGAAUGAUGCGGUCUUCUGUGCUGCCCAAUGAAUAUAGUCUUUCUAGUGUUCUGCAAGCUUGUACUAACAUGGUUCAGUUGGAUCUUGGCAAGGAAAUUCAUAACCAUGCUAUAAAGGUAGGACAUGAGUCUGAUCUUUUUGUUGGCAAUGCACUAAUGGAUCUCUAUGCCAAGUGCAACGACAUGGAAAGUUCACUUAAGGUCUUCUCAUCAUUGCGAGAUGCCAAUGAGGUGAGCUGGAACACAAUUGUUGUUGGCUUCAGUCAGUCUGGUUUUGGAGAAGAUGCAUUGAGUGUAUUCUGCGAGAUGCGAGCUGCUCAGAUGCCUUGCACUCAAGUUACAUACUCUAGUGUGCUCCGAGCUUGUGCAAGCACAGCAUCUAUAAAACACGCUGGUCAGAUUCACUGUUUAAUUGAGAAGUCCACAUUUAAUAAUGACACUGUCAUUGGCAAUUCACUUAUUGAUGCAUAUGCUAAGUGUGGAUAUAUGAGGGAUGCUCGCAUGGUAUUUCAAAAUUUAAAGGAAUGUGAUGUGGUUUCAUGGAAUGCAAUAAUCUCAGGAUACGCACUGCAUGGUCAAGCGACAGAUGCUCUAGAACUUUUUGACAGGAUGAAUAGAAGCAACAUUGAAGCUAAUGAUAUCACCUUUGUUGCUUUGCUCUCUGUCUGCAGUAGCACAGGAUUAGUAAAUCAGGGAUUCUCUCUGUUCGAUUCUAUGAGGAUUGAUCAUGGCAUCAAACCAUCUAUGGAGCAUUAUACAUGCAUCGUUAGGCUUCUAGGACGAGCUGGCUAUCUGAAUGAUGCUCUAAAAUUCAUUGGAGAUAUUCCUUCAGCACCAUCUGCUAUGGUUUGGCGUGCAUUGCUUAGCUCUUGUAUAGUCCAUAAGAAGUUGGCUCUGGGAAGAUUUUCUGCAGAAAAGAUACUUGAGCUUGAACCGCUAGAUGAAACGACCUAUGUCUUACUAUCAAAUAUGUAUGCUGCAGCUGGAAGCUUGGAUCAAGUUGCCCUUUUCAGGAAAUCAAUGAGGAAUUUUGGUGUAAGGAAGACACCUGGUCUUAGUUGGGUUGAGAUCAAGGGUGAAGUUCAUGCCUUUUCAGUGGGAUCAGUGGACCAUCCAGAUAUGCGGGUGAUAAAUGCAAUGCUGGAAUGGCUCAAUGUUAAAACAAGCAGGGAAGGUUAUAUUCCUGAGAUUAAUGUAGUGUUGCACGAUGUAGAUGAGGAACAAAAGGCUCGGAUGCUAUGGGUGCACAGUGAGAGGCUGGCUUUAGCAUAUGGCCUUGUAAUGACACCUCCUGGGCAUCCGAUAAGGAUAUUGAAGAAUUUGCGUUCCUGUUUGGAUUGCCAUACUGCAUUUACUUUGAUAUCUAAAAUAGUUAAACGAGAAAUCAUCGUGAGGGACAUAAAUCGCUUCCAUCAUUUUGAGGAGGGAAAGUGCUCGUGUGGUGACUAUUGGUGAUAUUUUUGUUCGUUGAUGUGUUAAAGGAAUCUACACAAGUUAUAUGUGGUAUAAUGUGUUUGGCAAAAUGGCAGUCUUAUAGGAAUCCAAGUUAUCAUGCCUAUAUUCAAGGCACUGGAAACUAUUGUUUUAGAUGACAUGGCUUUGACGUUGUACUUAUGUUAAGUUUCAGCUAUCUUCAAGGCACUGGAGAAGAGAUAUCAUAUCAUACUUGGCUAACCCAUGAGAAUACCAUUACGAAAAAGAACUUUAUUUUAAUGGCAAAAUUUCAAGAUUAGUGAAGAUCAAAUUUCCAUCUUGAUAUGCCAGAACUGUCCAAUCUAUCGACAUCAUGAUUGUUCCUUUUAGGGAAGUUUUAACACAGGUGAUCAAGUACGAGAGCGUGAUUCACGAGUUCGACCCCUACUUCAACUUCCACGUCACUCAGUUUUUGUCGAAGAAUGGGAUUUACGAGUUCUGGAACUGGUUUGAUGACAGGACAUGAUACCCCCUUGGCCGUGUGAUUGGCGGUACUGUGUAUCCUGGCUUGACAUUGACAGCUGGAACCAUUUGGUGGUUGCUAAAUUCUCUAAACAUUCCACUGUCAGUAGAGACUGUGUGUGUGUUCGUUGCUCCAAUUUUCUCGGCAAAUGCUUCUUGGGCUACUUACCUAUUAACAAAGGAAGCUAAGGGCACUGGGGCUGGAUUGAUGGCAGCAGCCAUUUUGGCAAUGGCGUUUCUAUUUCAAAAGACUGCUCUGCACAAGUGCAACAUGGCUGGAAAGCCUUCUGUUGCUACUCGUGUUCUGGACAGUAUGACUGACAACCUAAGGCCUACUCGUGCAGAGGCUACGGAUGUGGCAAAUGGUACUUGAUGCGAGUGAUGCUAUUCUCCUUGCUGCUGAGACUGCGUGCUUUAUAUCCAAUUAAAACUAUAUCAAUGGAGGGUAAAAUUUGUGCGGAGGCUGAGGUGGUCUUCAACCAAGAUUUAUACUUCAAGAAGACUGAAACAUGUUGGAGAACCCAUGACCCACUUGGAGUCUAUUGCUUCCUCUGAUGUGUGCGCAAGGAAAUUGACCGCUCGGCGAUUCGAGGGGCCGUAUGCUCACUCCUCACACUAUCUGAAAGAGGAGAUCAAGGCACAUCGUGAUCUAAGGUUGGGGCUGUCAGUCGUCAAGGAGAACACUGCCACCUAGAGUUUUCUUUUUUAGCCUCCUACUUUUCCCGUCGGCGCAGGGAUCAGCAGCAGCUUGUGUAAAUAACUUCGACAUUGCGCGGUCAGGAACAUAGCAGAAGAAGCCAAGAAAACUGACAGACAUGUUAAAGCCAAAAAUUUACUAUUUUAUUUCCUUCAAUUUAUUUUUAGAAAAGAUAUUAGGAAUAAUAAUGUUAUAGUUAUUUUAUCAAAAAAUAAUAUGCAUGUCUUGUAGAGUCAAGUAGUGUUACAUCUUAGAAGGAUUCUCUGUGAGGAAUAGACAGGCAUCCUAUGAACUACAUCUCAAUUUGAACCUUCUCUGUCAUUUUACAAGAACUAUAAGUUUUUCUUCCCGUUAAUA